GUUUUGCCCGUGGGCAUGUGGUCCAAGUUCCCCAAGGCCUCCUUCAACAAUUUGACACUGUACCUGCGCGGGAAGGGCGCCGCGACGCUGGCGCUCCUCAAGGCGCCAGGUGCAGCCUUCGACCUCCACAUCGUUAGGCAGAAACAUGAAAUGGCGGAAGCGGAUGGAAUUUGUAAACUCGGGUAUUAG